CAGGCGUAGUGCUGAUGCCGACCAGUCUGGCGCAAGCUCUUUGACAGCUAGCCUCCGCCCAGCUAGUUCAGAGAAUGGCUGCUUGACUGUCAACACGGCCAGCUGCAAUGACGGACAAUAUACCGCUACAGCCUGUGAGACACAAAAAACGGCACGACAAUAAACACAGGAAUGGGUGCUGCCCCUGGUCAAGAUGUUGCGGCAUGGGUGACUUCCGGCCACGAACAGUCUGGUUGGGACAUCCCGAAAAGCGGGAGCAACGUUAUCCUAGGAAUGUUAUCAAUAACCAAAAGUACAACUUCUUCACCUUCCUUCCUGGAGUACUAUACAAUCAGUUUAAGUACUUCUUCAACCUGUAUUUCCUGCUUCUGGCCUGCUCUCAGUUUGUCAAUGAAUUGAGACUUGGGGCACUUUACACUUACUGGGUGCCAUUGGGCUUCGUGCUAAUCAUCACCAUUGUGAGGGAGGCAGUGGAAGAGAUGAGGUGUUUUCUGAGGGACAAAGAAGUCAAUUCACAGAUCUACAGCAAACUCUCCACCAGAGGCACAGUGAAGGUGAAGAGUAGCGGUAUUCAAGUGGGAGAUCUUAUCAUUGUUGAGAAGAACCAGCGUGUCCCUGCUGACAUGAUCUUCCUGCGGACAUCAGAGAGAAAUGGCUCCUGUUUUCUGAGGACUGACCAGUUGGAUGGUGAAACGGACUGGAAACUCCGCCUGCCAGUGGCCUGCACGCAGAGACUGCCCACUGCAGCAGACCUGCUGCAGAUCAGGGCAUAUGUGUACGCUGAGGAGCCCAACAUCGACAUCCACAACUUCAUCGGCACAUUCACCAGGGAGGAUGGAGAUCCUCCAGUUAAUGAGAGUCUGAGCAUUGAAAACACCUUGUGGGCCAGCACUGUUGUUGCCUCAGGCACUGUGGUGGGUGUGGUGAUCUACACGGGGAGAGAGCUGCGAAGUGUCAUGAAUACCUCCAACCCUCGACACAAGAUCGGCCUGUUUGACCUGGAGGUGAACUGUCUGACUAAAAUCCUGUUUGGGGCGCUGGUGGUGGUGUCUCUGGUCAUGGUGGCUCUGCAGCACUUUGCCGGACGCUGGUACCUGCAGAUCUUCCGCUUCCUGCUGCUCUUCUCCAACAUCGUGCCCAUCAGUUUGCGCGUGAAUUUGGACAUGGGAAAGAUGGUCUUCAGCUGGAUGAUCCGGAAAGACUCCAAAAUUCCUGGAACUGUGGUUCGAGCGAGCACUAUUCCUGAGCAGCUGGGUCGCAUCUCCUACCUGCUAACGGACAAGACAGGCACCCUAACCCAGAAUGAGAUGGUGUUCCGGCGGCUGCAUCUGGGCACGGUGGCCUACGGCAUGGACUCCAUGGAUGAGGUGCAGAGCCACGUGUUCAGCGCCUACACUCAGCCUCCUCAUGACCUCCCGACCUCUCGGGCUCCGGCCGCCACCAAGGUGCGGAAGACCAUCAGCAGCCGUGUGCACGAGGCGGUGAAGGCUAUCGCACUGGUGCACAACGUCACGCCCGUCUACGAGGCCAACGGCGUCACCGACCAGGCGGAGGCCGAGCAGCACUACGAAGACACCUGCCGGGUGUACCAGGCCUCCAGCCCCGACGAGGUUUCACUGGUUCAGUGGACGGAGAGCGUGGGCCUGACGCUUGUUGGCCGUGAUCAGUCCUCCAUGCAGCUGAGGACCCCUAGUGGACAGAUCCUGAACUUCACCAUUCUCCAGAUCUUCCCCUUCACCUACGAGAGCAAACGCAUGGGCAUUAUUGUGCGGGAUGAGUCCACUGGAGACAUCACGUUCUACAUGAAGGGGGCAGAUGUUAUGAUGGCAGGCAUUGUCCAAUACAAUGAUUGGCUGGAGGAGGAGUGUGGUAAUAUGGCCAGAGAGGGAUUGCGGGUGCUUGUGGUGGCUAAGAAGUCCCUAACUGAGGAGCAGUACCAGGACUUUGAGGCGCGGUAUGUCCAGGCUAAGUUGAGUGUGCACGACCGCUCUCUGAAGGUUGCCACGGUGAUUGAGAGUCUUGAGAUGGAGAUGGAGCUGCUGUGUCUGACGGGGGUGGAGGACCAGCUGCAGGCCGACGUCAGGCCCACACUGGAGAUCCUGCGCAAUGCUGGCAUCAAGGUGUGGAUGCUGACUGGGGACAAGCUGGAGACGGCUACCUGCACUGCCAAGAACGCUCACCUAGUGACCCGCAACCAGGACAUCCAUCUGUUCCGAUCAGUGACCACGCGAGGAGAAGCCCACCUCGAGCUCAACGCCUUCAGGAGGAAACACGACUGUGCUUUGGUGAUCUCAGGAGAUUCUCUAGAGGUGUGUCUGAAGUUCUAUGAGUAUGAGUUCAUGGAGCUGGCCUGUCAGUGUCCGGCUGUCGUCUGCUGCCGCUGUGCCCCCACUCAGAAGGCCCAGAUUGUACGCCUGCUACAGGAACGCACAGGCAAACUUACCUGUGCUGUAGGGGAUGGAGGAAAUGAUGUCAGCAUGAUCCAGGAAGCAGACUGUGGUGUGGGAGUGGAGGGCAAAGAGGGAAAGCAGGCUUCACUGGCUGCAGAUUUCUCUGUGACUCAGUUUAAGCAUUUGGGCCGGCUGCUCAUGGUUCAUGGCAGAAACAGCUACAAGAGGUCGGCUGCACUCAGCCAGUUUGUCAUCCACAGGAGCUUAUGCAUCAGCACCAUGCAGGCUGUGUUCUCCUCCGUUUUCUACUUUGCUUCAGUUCCUCUGUACCAAGGAUUCCUGAUCAUCGGAUACUCCACCAUCUACACCAUGUUCCCAGUCUUCUCUCUGGUGCUGGACAAGGAUGUCAAGUCAGAGGUCGCCAUGCUCUAUCCAGAACUCUACAAGGACCUGCUCAAGGGUCGACCGCUCUCCUUUAAGACGUUUCUCAUAUGGGUCAUAAUAAGUAUUUACCAAGGCAGCAUCAUCAUGUACGGAGCUCUGCUGUUGUUUGAGUCUGAGUUUGUGCACAUCGUGGCCAUCUCCUUCACCGCGCUGAUCCUGACCGAGCUGCUCAUGGUGGCCCUGACCGUGCAGACGUGGCACUGGCUCAUGAUCGUGGCAGAGCUGCUCAGCCUCGCCUGCUACAUCGCCUCGCUCGUCUUCCUGCACGAGUUUAUUGAUGUGUAUUUCAUCACGACGCUGUCGUUCGUGUGGAAGGUGACGGCCAUCACUCUGGUCAGCUGUCUGCCGCUCUACAUCCUCAAGUACCUGCGGCGCCGCUUCUCACCCCCCAGCUACUCCAAGCUCACCUCUUAAACCUGCAUGGAUCCUCCGAGCCACCGCAGCCCCUCAACUCACUAAGAACCACAUUAACCUGCUGGGUCUUCACCUGUCCCUAGAGUCACUGGUGUGUGUGUGUGUGUGUGUGUGUGUGUGUGUGUGUGUGUGUGUGUGUGUGUGUGUGUGUGUGUGUGUGUGUGUGUGUGUGUGUGUGUGUGUGUGUGUGUGUGUGUGUGUGUGUGUGUGUGUGUGUGUGUGUGUGUGUGUGUGUUUCAAUUCAACUUGCCCACAUUCCUCACAGCCUUCUGAAGUAGGGCUGUUUGGCAAAUUGGAGAAAAUGUAUUGCUUAUUUGUUUUGGAAAGGGCGGAAUCAAGUUUUUAGAUUAUUAUUUGUUUGUUUUAAUAUCAAUGAGGGUACUACUACUGAUUUGCACAUUUGCACUGACAUUAUUGGUAGUAUUUCAAACACUGGAACUAAAACAGUAUCAUAUAACUAUAUGCAUCUUAUUAGGGAAGUAAGGUUUUAAAAGAGAGAGAGAGAGAGUGUGUGUGUGUGUGUGUGUGUGCAUAAGCGGAACUGAGAGGAACUGAUUUCCCAGUUACUAAAUGGUCAGACGGUAGGACAGCAGCCAGAUGCAGACAGUAAGAGAACAAUGGGCAGCAUGUGGUCCCAAACUCUGGGCUAUUUCUACACUAGUCCAGUGCAGUCCAGUCCAGUCCAGCACUCCCUCCAUGAGCUUGGACAUCUAAAGGGACGGUGUGCUCAAUGCGUGGGUGCGCUUCCCGUGUUUAUUUGAGUUUGUUGCGAUCGUGUGUGUGUGUGUGUGUGUGUGUGUGUGUGUGUGUGUGCAUGUGUGUGUGUUCAAUGACGUUUUGUCUUCUUUCACCCACUGUCAGCCCUCACACAUACACCUACUUGACUUUAAGGACAGACAAACCUAUGUCACUGUAAAGGUUACUGCUUGCUCACACUUUAUUUUUUUAUGGAGUUUCCUCUUGACCCUCGUGUUCAGGGAAGGCUCAGCAUGCUUGAGUGUGUAAAUACUUGUGAUUGUGCGGUUAACAGUUCCUUGACCUUCUUUCUCAUUGUGUGGUUUUAUUAAUGACUAACAACUGUCAGGGAAAGCAUUGAUUUUGUGUGUGUGUGUGUAUGUGUGUGGUGUCUGUGUGUGUGUGUGUGUGUGUGUGUGUGUGUUUGCAUACAGAGUGCCAACACUGCUCAGUCAGUCCGCAGUAGCAGGGCAGGCACUUGAUUAACUGGUCAUAUCUGGAGCUGUCCUCUUAUCAGGAGUCACUCACUCGACAUACAGCACCUGCAUGACGGCUGCGUGUCCAUGACGUACACAUGUGAAAGGAAGCUUGUGCAUCUACAGCCUCCCUCACCUAAACAUGAACGUGUAGUACAACCCUCCUGGAUUGUUUAUGAAACCAUCCGAGACCUUUUGAAAUGCAUUCAUUGUGACUGCUGGUAGUAGCGAACCCAGUGAGCUUGCUGACAGAGCGCUGCCUUGAUGUGUGCAGUUGUUCCUCUCUUGGUCCUCCAGCCCCCUUCCCCCCCUGUCUGACGAGCUGCUUUUGCACGUGGUUGCAUCAGGUUCCCUUCCGACAGAAGGGCCUGGGUUCUUUUUUUUUUUGGUUUGUUUUAGUUGUAACAACUCUCCGUGUUUGUCAGUGUAAUGUAAUGACCUAGCAUUUUUUGUUUCAUUAAGGGUAAUUGUGAAAUGCUGAAUUGUAAAUAACAAAGUACCUUUUUAUUUAUUAACUUUUCUUACUUUGUGUUGGUAUUUGCACUCAACAACUAGCUGAACAAAAGGGACAAUGUGUCAAUGAUAUCAGUGCUGAAAGAAUAAAUGUGUGUUUUCUUA